AAGUUCCGCGUCGGACCGGAAGCGCCGGGAUGCGGGCCGCGGCCUGGGUCUCGGUUUACACGGCGGCGGCGGCGGCGGCGGCGGCGUUGUUGGGCCUGUCCGGGGUCGGCUGCUCGCAGGGGGACCGCGAGCCCUACUACCGGCAAUGCGUGCGGCUGUGCGAGCGCCGGAACUGCACCGGCGCCGCGCUGAGGGCCUUCCACAGGGCGCAGCCCAUCCACAUGCAGCUGACGGGCUGGACCUGUAUCGACGACUGCCAGUAUGACUGCAUGUGGGACACGGUUGGUGUGUACAUCCAGGAAGGACUCAGGGUGCCUCAAUUUCAUGGCAAGUGGCCUUUCUACCGGUUCCUGUUCUUCCAGGAGCCCGCCUCGGCCUUCGCCUCCAUCCUGAACGGGCUGGCCAACCUGCUGAUGUUGGCCAAGUACCGGGCCGCGGUGCCGAGCGAGUGCCCCAUGUACAACACCUGCGUCUGCUUCGCCACGGUCACCCUGAACGCCUGGGUUUGGUCCACCGUCUUCCACACCCGCGACACAGCGCUGACCGAGAGAAUGGAUUACUUCUGUGCCUCCGCUGUGGUGCUGUACUCCACCUACCUGUGCUGCGUGCGGACCCUGGGCCUGACACGCCCCCGGGCGGCCAGUCUCUUCGGGACGCUGCUCAUCCUGCUCUUCACCGGUCACAUCUCGUACCUCAGCUACGUGCACUUCGAUUAUAGCUACAACAUGGCUGCCAAUGUCUGCAUGGGGCUACUGAACUUGCUGUGGUGGCUGGCCUGGUGCCUGCAGAACCGUACGUGCCUGCCCUACGUGUGGAAGUGUGCGCUGGUGAUGGUCACGUUGCAGGGACUGGCUCUGCUCGAGCUGCUCGACUUCCCACCACUGCUCUGGACGUUCGACGCUCACGCCUUCUGGCACUUCAGCACCAUCCCCGUGCCCUUUCUCUUCUACAGCUUUCUGGUUGACGACAGCCUGCACCUUCUCGCCGAGAGAGGAGAUUAUCGAAAGGUGGAGUGAGCUGGGGACGCCGUGUGACUGAAUGAGGCGUUGGCACUGGUACCUUGCACCCUUCUGAGCUCUGAUCGUGUCGUCCCGCUCCUGGCGUGUGAGUCUGCGGACAAUGUUCUGAUCCUGCGGCAGGGAGGACGUGAUUUUCGGUGAAGGGUUUGGUUCAAGGUUGUGAAGUCGGAGGUAAAAGCCGUGUGUGUGUGUGGGCGCGCACGCGCGAUACCAGACACCGCCACCGAGAGGCGCACUCUUGCCACGGCUUCAGUGACCCCGGACCUCCCUGUGCCAACGUUCCCUACCCACCCAUCAGACCUCACCAGCCAAAGCCCCGAGCUGCCUUGCCUAGGAUGUAGAACAGUACAGGCCCUCAGUCCACUUUUUAAUCUAUGAUCGAUCGAUCCAGUCUUCCCUCCUACAUAGCCCUGUAUUUUACCAACCCUGUGCCUAUCCAAGUCUCUUAAAUGACCCUGAUUCAUCUGCCUCUACCACCACUCCUGGCAGCGUGUUCCACGCACCCAGCACUCUCACCUUUGAUAGCGCCCCUGUACUUCCCUCAAUCACUUUAAUAAUGUCUCUGACUGCCUGCUCAGACAAUGUCUUCUUCAGCUCUAUCAGGUCACUUCUCUCCAAAGAGAAAACGCCCAAGCUCGCUCAGAGAUGUGCCGGGAGAUCCCCCCCUGUCACUCUGCCCGAGGCUCCCACUUCCUGCUUCCACUGAGGCGACCAGAACUGAGCACUCCAAUACCCCCAAGUGUGUUCUAACCGGGGUUUUACAGAACUGCCGCGUUACCUCGUAGCUCCCCAACUCAAAUCUCCCAACUAAUGGGUGCCAACACGACAACCGCCCUGCCUUCUGUGCUGAUAACGUUGCUGGUGCGGAUUUGGGCCUCGGUACGCUGUGGCGUGUCAUGUCUGCCGGUUUGCUUCAGCCCGGGGAGCAGCUUCCGUCAGUCAGCAGGCCUGCUAUGCGAACAGCCAUUCCUAUGGUAUUGCCCCCGUCUCCUCCAAAGCCCGUUCCCCGGGAUCAGGGACCCAGACCACACUCAGCCACCCUCGCCUGUGAGCUGAGCCGACUGAAAGUCGGGGAAGUGCCCUGAAUAACUGAUAAAUAGGUAAACCUGUGAUUUCUCUUUGCACUUUGCGGCCAGGACAGAACCUUGGCACUGUGAGUCCUCUCCCCACCGUCGGUGGGAAUAUCUACGCCACCCAGGGGCACUGAAGCUUCCCGGUGAUUCCCGGCGUGUGAGCGGGAGGAUUCCGUCUGUAAGGAGUCGGUGAUUUUGAAGUGAAGUGCGUCUGAGACAGU